ACUUCUCAGGGAGGGGCCACGAGUUCCUUUAGCCUUUCAACACAUACUCGCACAUUCUCUUCCUCACAGAUCCGUUCUUCAGCUCAGGUUCUGACACUGCUGUACCUGUCUGAAACAAUCUGAAACAUUCUGUAGAGGUUCCUCGUGCAGAUGAUGGCUGGUGUGAAUCCAGAGCAGGUGCAGAUUGGAGAAAACAAGUUCAUCAGCAAGAAAGCUUUACUCUCAAACCUUAAAACCUACAACCUGUACUAUAGAGGAGAGCCUCUGCAGCUCCGCCACAGAGAGGAGGAAGGAGAGCUGAUUAUUGAGGGGCUGCUCAACAUAUUCUGGGGGCUGCGGAGACCAAUCAGAUUACAGAUGCAAGAUGGCAAAGAGCCAAUCAAACCGGCUCCUUUUCCCUCAGGACGUUACACAAACCCAGCAGAGUCUGAAAAACACAGGAAGAAACUCGUUCCGCCCACUAUUGAGGUCACAGAACAUGCAGACCAAUCAGAAGAAGGUACAGAGACAGCAGAAGAGACAGGUGAGGAGGAGGAGUCUGCACACCUGCAGAGAACAAGGAGUGAUGUGGGUGGGAGGAGACUCGGUGGACGGACAGCACUUGGUAACCAGCGGCGAAUCCGGAGACAUAGAUGUUCCUUUAAUGGCCACUACUACAACCACAAGACAGCAGUUUUCACUCCAGCAUUCGGUUCCGUCACAAACGUCCGCAUCAACAGCUCCAUGACGACGGCGCAGGUGCUGCGAGUACUGCUGAACAAGUUUAAGAUUGAGAACAGUGCGGAGGAGUUCAGUCUUUUUCUCCUGCACACCAGUGGAGAGCGGGUGCAGCUGAAGCGAGGUGACCACCCGCUGACCAUUAGGAUUCUGCAGGGUCCGUGUGAACAGGUCAGCAAGAUCUUCCUGAUGGAGGUUGACCAGGUGGAGGAGGUCACUUAUGAUGUGGCGCAGUACAUCAAGCUGGAGAUGCCUGUGCUGCAGAGCUUCAUUGAUAAGCUGAUGGAGGAGGAGCUCAGAGAGAUGGAGAAACUCAAACAGAGGUACACUGAUCUGCGCUGUAUGAUUCAGAAGCACAUGCAGCGUCUGGCUGAUAAAGCCGUUUGCUAGCAGACAGGACAUCAGUUACAUCUCAUUUCAUCUCUCUCACAUCUCUAGAACAUUCUGUCUGUUCUAAUGUCACUUAAAGUAAUUGGGCAGCCAAAAUUAUAACUUCUGAAUCUGUCCAGUCAACCGGCCCCCAUUUACCCCAACUGUAGUCAGUCAGCCAACACGUGUUUGGUGUCUGUAGUUCUUGAAGAAGACUUGUAGCUCAUAGAGGCCUCUUUCGUUUUAGCACUUGAGCUACAAGGCUAAUAUAGCUAACAAGUAAUGGGAGCUUAGGCACACCAAUUAGCAUGGGGCUAACUGAAUGUCUAAGCUUGUUAGCCCUAGCAUUAGCCUUGUAGCUCAUAGCAGUGUUAUGUGCAGAUAGCAGUGCAGAUGUGUAAACAUAUAUGCAUAAAUGUAUUCCUUACAAAUGUAAGCAUAAAUAUAAUUCUUACAGAUGUGUAAAUAUAUUUCUUGCAAGUUGAUAAAUAUUUUUGCAACGUAUAUUUCUUAGAGACAUAUGAAUAUAUUUGGAUAAUUAAAUUUCUCUGAGAUUUGUAAAUAUAUUUGCAUAAACAUAUUUCUUUUAGUGCCUGUUUGUUAGUGCCUGAUAAUGUGAAGAGUAAUUGUGUUGACUGUGUUAUGCUGUAAAUGGUUAUGCAUGUUUUUUGUCCGUGGUACAAUAAAAGCACUUGUUAAUAAAAUGUUUUUAGCAUUUUUCU